AUGUCGGUCCCUUCGCAUCCGGCACCCCAGACAAACUUCACAUUGGUGUGUGUGCGACGGUUGGAGCAAGAAGUCAUCCCCGAGGGUGGGGAGCUUGCUCUCUCCCAUGACCGCUGCUUGCUUUCACGUGUCGAUGGAGAUGGCAGGUGCAUCUGCUACUCCUGCGACAACACACGGCCAGAGUUCAGUCUGUCCAAACCAGUGGCUGAGGAGGUCUCCACAUGCGUUUGGCAACACAUACCGGCAGAGACACAGGUAGACUUGUCCAAGAACGCGUUGUCAGAGUAUCCGGGCGUGGCAUGCUUGGUGGCUUUGCACCGGGACAAUGCGGCGUUGACUUGUUGCCGCUUUGUGGGCAUCGAGACCGCGGAUGCGGAGGUCAACACAUCAACGGUGGAGCUGGAGCACGAUCCCGAAGAGCUGGAACGUGGCAUGCCCCUGCUGAAAUGGUCGGAAGAGGAGGUUUUCGGAGAGAGGAGCAGCUCGAAUACGGUCUGGAAACACUCCGUACCCUUGUUUCUGCUUCUGCGGUUGCUUCCGGCAUGCCGUGAGCACCUCGCGGCAGCUGCAGCGGCCCUGGCGGCUGAGGAGGCAGAUGCGCCUGACACAGGUGCUAAGGGACUGGACACUGCGGCUGAAUGGUACGAAGGUGAGGAGUCAGCUAUAAAGACAUGCAAGAGUCUGCAUGUCCGAAUCAGUGUCGCAACGGCACAAACGCUUGUUUUGAUCCUCGAUGACGCUGUUGCCACUGUGGGUGCUGAGCUUCAGAUGGAAAGGUGUGUUUGCAACCCACUGUUUCUACAUGCAGCGCCUAUGUCCAUCACCACAUACAGAUCAGAGGCGGGCAUUGACUCGAUUCUCCGAUGUUCGCACGUGUCGCGACUGGAUUUUCGCAGUGACGCCUCAGCCAUCAGUACGCUUAUAGAUUCCAAAUUCCUGAGGAAAGCGUCCACGCAGUGCUCAGGGUCGACAGAGGCAUUUGACUCUGAGAUGACUGUGCAGGUGGUGAGUGGAGAGGUGCAAGGCCUCGUUUACGAGUGGGGCAUCCAGGACAGUUGGCAGCCCAUUCACUUUACGAAGGCCAAGCUUCAAGUACUCGGCUACACGGACAUCACGGUCGAGAAGCUUUCCCGUAACAGGACUCGUCUGAAGCUCCACCCGACGGUGCUGCAGUUGUCAACGGGUUCACAGCCGUGGAACACAGAGGCCAGCAGGCGCGGCAUCACAACUUGGCAUUCGGGUUCCCGGAUGGCCAGCAAACUUUUGCCGGAAGGCUUUCAGGAUGUGGAUGACCUGGCAACGGUGCAUGAGCUGGUCCUGAAGCACAGCCUUGACAAGGUCAACUCUAUGCUAAGGGCUCCGAAGAGACCGAUGUGGCACACGUCUGGUGUGGCUUUCCAUGCGAUACUUCUGGGGGAAUAUCUUCCGGAGGAAAUUAACUUCGUCACGCUUGCGGUUGCCCGAGACCUGCUUGCAGUUGCCCUCUGUGAUGACCGCCACAGAAUCUGGGUGAUUUCCUUGGAUCGCUACUUUGAAGCCUGUCCCAGAGGUUUGGACUGGGACCUGUUGAAGGAGCGACAUCGCUGCACCGAAGGUGUCGGAGUGAUGGGGCAGACAAGCAAACUCUACCAGGAGCUGACCGUGUUUCCAGAGGCCUUUGGCUUGCGUGCAGAGGAGCGGCUGGCGGAGUCGCUGCCCGGCGGGCGACAGGCUGUGACGGCUUCAGUCCUGGACUGCCUGGUCGAGGGUGUCCCAACAUACGGCAUCUCUUUACCUGGAGGAGCAUAUGGCAUCGGUGAUCAUUUUCUCGACAACCUGGAUCCUCGAGGAGCGGAGGACAGUGAUCGCAUGGUGGGCGUGGCUGCUGGCGGCAGCAGCUUCAGCCGCGAUCCAGGAGGUCUGUCUCAAGACGGUGGAGUGACGCGCUGCAUGCCAUUUGCGUGGCAUGAGCGAAUCCUGCAGACUCGUGAUGAGUGGCUGGAGGUCGACAGGCCACGGGCCUUCCUUCCAAUCGGCCGUGGUUCGACGACAGCGAAGGCUGCGGGGGGGCCUGUAAUGCCAAAGCAUGUCCUGACUGGAUUCAGCGUGCCAGCACAGCAUCGACUGGGUGACGAUGACCUGAACUACAAUCUGUGUGCUGCAGUACAUCGUCAUGCCCAGCGCGAAUAUCAGAAUCGCCUCCCGCCCUGGCUGGUCAGCAUUUCCUUGCCUCGCAGAGCGAAGCGAUUCAACCCGCCGCAGCUCGGUUCCGUCGGCGUGGACAAAGAAGAUAGUUCCGGCUCCGAGCUGGUCACAGAGGAGACCGAGCACGGUGAUGCCAAAUCCGCGGGCAGCUCCGUCGAGGAGCUUGAUCAACAAGCUUCCUUGGAGGCUCUGCGACAGGAACUUCAGCGAGGUGGCAUCAAAGGCACACAGAGGAGACGACCACGCCGCAGAGUGCGCCCGGGUCACAUCGAAUUAGCAGUCGCUUCGUCGCAUGUGUUCUGCGAGAUCUGGGAGUCUGCAGGUUCAAAGGUCGGCAUGGAGACCAAGCCGCCGGACAGAGGUCCCUGGCGACUGGUCGUCAUUCCUCGUUCAGGCUGUGAAGGCCGGAGCUGGAUCGGAGGAGGCUCCGAGGACGACCUGUCCGGUGCAUUGUCCGAUUCUGUCGCAGCAGCAGCUGCUGCGGAAGAGGACGGCAGUUCACCAUCUGUAAUGGAUGAGGUGGUGGCAUUCAGCAGUCGAGACGCGUGGAGAUCACUUCUGACACAGAACCACAUUUGGUAUUUAUUGUCGCAAGGUCGCUCGUUGCAUGUGCUGCUGCUUAGCCAGUCGCCUGUCCGUGUUGUCACCAACUUGCUCAUUUUCGAGAACCGAACAAAGGCUGCGGCGCUCUGUGCACUGAAUGGCUGGGAUGCGAAGCCGCGAGCCGCAGUUGCCAUUGCUCUGGACUUAGCACGGCGUGUGGGCUUCGUGAUUGUUUACCUGCCAAAGACAGAGCUUCCCUUCGCUCUCGCGGAAUCUCGCAGAUACCGAUUCGUGUCGAGGGAGGGCCCUUCUGACUGUGAUGCGGCCACUUCACGGCAGAAUGCGGUUGAGAACUUUGACUUCUCCCGCGCCAGCUUUGCGCAGCCGGUAGCAGAAGGAGAUGACUUUGAGGAUGCGUUCUAUCCGGAUGUCGGCUCCUACGAAGAUUUGCCUGAGAAUUCAGAGGCAGCUGUCGAUGGAGAUGUAGCUCCAGGUCCCAAUGAAUCUUGCUGCCGUCUUCAAAGCGACGCAGCAUUAAGACUAUGUGCCAACAAGACGUCACCUCUUGUAAAAGCAGGAGAUCCGCCGCUGGCCUUGGUCGUGUCCCAUGCGCCGAAAAAGCUUCGAAACGGAGCUUUGACGGGCGCUAUCAAUGCGAUGUGGUGUGCUGAACAAGGAUACCCGUUCGUCCUGGACCAGCGCAACGUGGAGCCAGCGUCAACGAAGUCCCAGGUGAUCCCUCACUGGCUGGAGACCUGCCAGCGGGAAGGCAUCAAGUGGAUGCUGUGGCUCGACAGUGACACCAUCUUGGUGGGGCAAGACGCCAGCCUUGAUUUUGUCGCCGAUGUCGCAGGGAAGUUUAACGGCAGUGAUGCCCAGAUCAUUCUUACCAGCAUCCAGAACUCUUCCGACAGGCAGCAGUCAAGUGCUGCAGCCACAGCCAGCUUUGGUAUAAUCUUUCUGCGAUGUAGUAACUGGACGAGAUCUUUGAUGCAGAGAGUGGGGAACGAGAGCUUGGAUCAGGGAAUACCUGAUGAUGAAGCCCUGAGAGAAGUGUUUCUCUCCGGCGAUUUGGAGGAGAAGCGGCAGUUCAUCCAGCUGCUGCCACAGGCAACGAAUCCUGCAUCUCUGCUGUCACCAAUGGCUGAGCCACAGCCAGUGCUGCAGCUUGCGGAGCUUCCCGCCUCAAUCCAGAACCACACCUUCUCUGCUGCACUCAGAGCGCGCUGCGACCAGGCCAUGCUAGGCAUGGCCUGGAAUUCGAGCUUGGUGCAGCAUGCCUACGAAAACAGCUUGUUCCUGGCGGCAAGCAAAGACUUCCGAGAAGCUGGGACUUCCAGGUAUGCUUUUCUUCUGGCCAAGCGACUUAAAGAGCAAGGACGCACACAAGAGGCGGAAGACCUUCUGCGCUGGGCAGUAGACGGACUUCAUGCGGAGCUCGGUGAGCACAAGAUUGACACACUCUUCGGAAAGGUAGUACUGGCGAAAUUCUUGGCAGAUCAGGAUCGAGUAGCUGAAGCUCGACCGCUUUUGCAAGAUGCAGUGACUGCUGGACUGAAGUCUCUCGGAGCUCACAACCCCGUGAUGCUUGACUGGCAAGAGCGUCUCGUGGCUCUGCUGCGACAGGAAGGUCUUCACCAGGAAGCUGCAGGCGUGCUGCGGCAAGUCAUCCGUGGUCGCCGAAGGUGGCGCGAGGAGGCAAAAGUGAAGGCUGCGGCGCUGCAGCUGCACAAGAUCCUUCUCCUCGCCAGUGCGAACGCUCCAUCCCCCGAGCAGCUGAUCGAAGAGAUCAUGUCGAGUUUCCCCGAUGCCGCGGACAGCAUUGCACGUCAAAGGCUCAUCAAAGCCAACGAGAAAUCGUCGAAGCUUUCGGGCGAGGGGAAUCUCAACCAAGCAGAAUGGGUUCUCAAGCGAGCUCUUGAGAAGUCUACCCUGGUUCUGCCUGUGGCCGAUCCCGACUUGCUCGUGAGCCGGCUCAACUUAGGAGCUCUCCGCCAGAGGAUGUCCAAGCCGGAGGCCUUGCUGGACCUGGAGGAAGUAUUUCAGGCACAAGUAUCGAUGAUGGGACCAGACCACCCGGACACCCAGGCGACCAUCCAAGCAAUCAAUGGCCUUGAAGGAUGGGAAGGACAGUACAACUUGCAUGCCCGGUAUCAGGGAGCACUGAGCAAGCUUGCUUCUGCCAACAAUCGCUUUGCAAAGCGGACAAAGGCGACGCACCGCAACAGCGAUAGAACGGUCCAAAGCUUCGAAGCAACUAUACGCCGUGGAGAGCGCAAGCUGGGGAAGCAGAAUCAUGGAGUAAUGAAGGCCAAGUUCAACUUGGCCGUGAGCUGGGCGUUGCAGGACCGAUCAGCUGAAGCAUUUGCGCUUUGGCGUGGAGUUCUUCAGGACCAGCUGCGGAACGUGGGCCCCUUCAAUUCCGACACGCUUGUGACGCAGCGACACAUCUUGAGCUGGGUCUACCAGGUGCCAUUCUCCGAGUCGCACGAAGGACGCGGUGACGGCCAAGCUGGAAUACUCGCCCCAAACAGUGAGCGUUCGGUGAAUGUGCGAGCCUUCGAGCUUCUGGACAAGUGGAAGAACUGCGACAGUGCUGUGGGGCCAAGCCUGGUCUAUGCGCAGACCAAGCUCCGUGCAGAGAACGAAGGCUUUCCUUCCAUCAUGGAGGUCGGCAAGAGUAUGGGCUUAACGCAGCACGAAGUUGCGGCAGUUCUUGGUUGGACAACCGGGGACUUCAGGUUGAUUAAUCCCAUCGCGAGGGGGCAGGAGGAGGUCGAGUUUGAAGACUUCCCUCGUGGUCAACGCACGAUGUGCCGGCUUUCUAGAAUCGACGUGAUGCCGUAUGUCCAGGUCCUUCAUGGUGCGGUGCAGAAGCUUCCAGCACUAUCUUCGACACAGCCACUGUAUCGCGGCCAUCGCCGCGAGAUUGAUUUGCCAGUUGGGUCCGUGGUCUUGCUGCCCGGGUUUACCAGCACAUCCUAUGACAUGGAUGGUGCCGUGGCCUUUGCCAAGCAAGCCAACCAGGGCAGGUCAGCAAAGAGGACACUACUGGUGAUCCAGGAAUCCUUCAGCGGGCGCUUGAUUGCCAAGCUGAGCGCACGCAAGUACGAGGCGGAGGUCCUCUUCCCCAUCGACAGCACCUUCAAGGUCGUGGAAACCUCCGCAUCUCCUGCUACGGAGGCAGCUGCAGAGGCCACAGAGGAAUUGCGGCGAAGCAUGAGUGAGGCAGAAAUACGAGUUGUUUGCCUUUGCGAAGUCGAGAAGCCUCAGGAUGCAAUUGUUCUUCGUCUCUGA